CAUCUCUCCAGAUGGCAGCACAGUAAAAAUCUAAAAUGGAGCCAACGAAGAAUGUUGUUUGUAUUGUUACAAUACUAUCCUAACAUCAUUUUAAUAAUUAUUUGUUAUUUAUUACUCCAUGGAAAUUAAAAAUUAAAUGGUUAUAAUUGGACCUGUUUGCACCUGUUGCACCAUUCAACUGGCUCACUGAAGAGGAUACAAGGAUGAUCUUCAUUAACCUGUAACAUUAAAAAAAUAUACAAUGGCUCUGUAGAUGCAUAACCAAGGUGUACAAUUUAUGUUUAUAUACACCUGGACACCUCAAAACAAACACAUAACCUCAAAAUGAGUUACAAUAAGAAGGUAUCAUACUUCUAUAACCCAGACGUUGGGAAUUUUCACUACGGCCCAGGCCACCCGAUGAAGCCUCACAGGCUCGCCGUCAUCCACAGUCUGGUACUCAACUACGGUCUGCACAAGAAGAUGCAGAUCUACCGUCCGUACCGUGCCAGUACCCACGACAUGUGUCGGUUCCAUUCCGAUGAGUACGUGGAGUUCUUGCAAAGAGUAACCCCACAGAACCUGCAAGGCUAUACCAAGUACCUAACUCACUUUAACGUAGGGGACGAUUGUCCCGUCUUCGAAGGGCUCUUUGAUUUCUGCUCCAUGUACACCGGAGCCUCGCUAGAAGGAGCCACGAAGCUAAAUAACAAUUGCUGUGACAUUGCUAUCAAUUGGAGCGGAGGGCUGCAUCACGCGAAGAAGUUCGAAGCAUCUGGUUUCUGUUACAUCAACGAUAUCGUCAUAGCUAUUUUGGAGCUGUUGAAAUACCACGCCAGAGUUCUUUACAUAGACAUAGACGUUCACCAUGGAGAUGGAGUUCAGGAAGCGUUUUACUUAACGGACAGAGUGAUGACAGUAUCUUUUCACAAGUACGGAAACUUCUUCUUCCCUGGAACAGGAGAUAUGUACGAGAUAGGAGCGGAGAGUGGGAGAUACUACUCUGUUAAUGUACCGUUGAAAGAGGGUAUCGACGAUGGCUCUUACAUUCAAGUGUUUAAACCUGUUAUAUCGCAUGUGAUGGAAUUCUUUCAACCAACAGCGAUAGUCUUACAAUGUGGAGCCGAUUCGCUGGCCAAUGAUCGUCUUGGGUGCUUCAGUUUGAGUACAAAGGGACAUGGAGAGUGCGUCAAGUUUGUGAGAGACCUAAAUGUACCUCUGCUCACCGUAGGAGGUGGUGGAUACACCCUGCGCAAUGUUGCCCGUUGCUGGACCUAUGAGACUUCUCUGCUUGUCGAUGAACAAAUCAGCAACGAACUGCCUUACACAGAGUACCUGGAAUACUUUGCACCAGACUUUACGUUACACCCUGACGUUGUGACUAGACAGGACAAUGCGAAUAGUAAACAGUAUCUGGAAGCUAUCACGCGACACGUGUACGAUAAUUUAAAGAUGAUACAGCAUUCUCCAAGCGUUCAAAUGCAGGACGUUCCGUGCGACGCGUUGCCACCCGAGGAAGAGAGGCAACCAGAGCCCGAUCCUGACUCCAGACAAAACGUUCAAGACACGGAUAAGAUAGUCGAACCUGCCAACGAGUAUUAUUCGGGAGAGAAAGAUCAGGAUAAGAUGGACGUAAGCGAGUCGUGAUGAAAGAAUGCGGUGACUUAAAAUAGGACGUGAACGAGCUAUCGAAACAUUCAGAAUUCAUUUUUACUGCGAAUUAAAUCAUUGUAAAUAUUAUAACUGUAAAUACUUUUAAGGCUAUUAAAACUGUUUCUUACUUGA